AUGAGGCCUGAGAACCAGAGCAAGGUGUCCAAGUUCCUCCUCCUGGGGGUACCCAUUCCAUCAGAGCAGCAGGGCAUGUUCUUUGCCUUGUUCCUGGGCAUGUACCCAACCAUGGUGGUGGGGAACCUGCUCAUCAUCCUGCUCAUCAGGCUGGACUCUUGCCUCCAUACCCUCAUGUACUUCUUCCUCAGCCACUGGCCUUCACUGAUGUCUCCCUUGGCCUUCACUGACAUCUCCUUUUCAUCUAUUAUAGUUCCUAGGAUGCUGAUAAACAUGUGUAGUCAGGAUCAAUCCAUCCCUAAUGUGGCAUGCAUUUCACAAGUGUAUUUCAUUAACUUUAGUUGUACUUAUGGCUUUCUUCUCGCAGUGAUGACUUGUGACAGGUAUGUGGCCAUCUGUCACCCACUUCACUACACCACCAUCAUGAGGGGUGAACUUUGCAUCAUCCUGGUGGCUGGCUCCUGGUUCUCCUCUUGUGGCCAUGCUCUCUUGCAUACCCUCCUUGUAGACUACAACAUGAGGAGGGAGAACCAGAGCAGCGUGUCCGAGUUCAUCCUCCUGGGGGUCCCCAUCCCAGUGGAGCAGCAAGGCCUGUUCUUCGCCCUGUUCCUGGGAAUGUACCUGUCCACGGUGCUGGGGAACCUGCUCAUCAUUCUGCUCAUCAGGCUGGACUCUCGACUUCACACCCCUAUGUACUUCUUUCUCAGCCACUUGGCCUUCACUGAUGUUUCUUUCUCAUCUGUCACUGUCCCAAAGAUGCUAUUGAACAUGCAUACUCAACACCUAUCCAUCUCCUAUCCAGGGUGUAUUUCACAGAUGUAUUUUUACCUCUUUCUUGGUUGUGUGGAUAGUCUCCUUCUUGCAGUGAUGGCAUAUGACAGGUAUGUGGCCAUCUGUCACCCUCUCCAUUACACCACCAUUAUGAAAGAGGGGCCGUGUGUGCUGCUAGUGGCUGGCUCUUGGAUUCUGUCCUGUGGCAGUGCCCUCUUGCAUACACUCCUCCUGGUCCAGGUGUCCUUCUGUGCUGACAACAUCAUUCCCCACUUUUUCUGUAGCCUCUCCAUUCUACUCAGGGUGUCCUGCUCAAAUACCUCUCUCCAUGAACUGGUCAUAUUCACUGCAGGGGGCGCAACUGUCAUUUUUCCAUUGAGUGGCAUCUUGGUCUCUUAUGGCCACAUUGGGGUCACUAUUCUGAAGGUCCCCUCUACCAAAGGGAUCUGCAAAGCCUUGUCCACCUGUGGCUCCCACCUCUCUGUGGUGUCUCUAUUCUACGGUACAAUUAUAGCACUGUACUUUUCCUCGUCGUCGAGCAACUCCAAUGACAAAGACAUGAUUGUCUCACUGAUGUAUACAGUGGUGACCCCCAUGUUGAACCCCUUCAUCUACAGCCUAAGAAACAGAGACAUGAAAUUGGCUCUGGGGAUUCUUUUCAGAAACAACAUCCUUUUCGCCAAGUGA